UCAUUCUCCCGCAUAUGUGACUAGUCCUACUGUGGUGCGACUAAUAGAGCGGUAAAGAGGCAGUCGAAAUCGGGGUUUAGAGCCGCCGCGACAUGGCGGGACAGCAGUUUCAGUACGACGACAGUGGCAACACUUUUUUCUAUUUCCUCACGUCAUUUGUGGGACUAAUAGUCAUCCCAGCCACAUAUUAUCUCUGGCCCCGGGAUCAGAAUGCGGAGCAAUUACGUUUGAAGAGUUUAAGAAGAGUUCAUGGAAGAUGUCUGUGGUAUCGCCUUCGGCUUAUGAAAUCACAGCAGAGCAUUGUUCCAACAUUUAAAAAAGCAGCCCUGUUGUUUGGGUGGGCAGUAUUUCUUCUCCUGGCCUAUAAGGUGUCUAAAUUAGAUCGUGAGUACCAGGAAUACAACCCCUAUGAAGUCCUCAGUCUGGACGCAGGGGCAUCUGUUGCGGAGAUAAAGAAGCAGUACAGAGUGCUGUCUCUAAAACACCAUCCUGAUAAAGGUGGAGAUGAGGCCAUGUUCAUGAAGCUUGCUAAAGCUUACUCAGCCUUGACUAAUGAGGAAUCCCGAAAAAAUUGGGAGACCUAUGGCAACCCUGAUGGCCCAAGAGUGACAAGUUUUGGAAUUGCUCUUCCGGCAUGGAUCGUUGACCAGAAGAACUCUAUGCUCGUGCUGCUGGUCUAUGGAUUGGCUUUUAUGGUCAUCCUUCCUGUGGUUGUGGGCACAUGGUGGUAUCGUUCCAUCCGUUACAGUGGUGAUCAGAUCCUGAUCAACACAACACAGCUUUUCAUGCACUUUAUGUACAAAACACCUACAAUGAACAUGAAACGUUUGGGGAUGGUGCUGACCGCAGCAUUUGAGUUUGAUCCUCGUAGUAACAAAGAGGCCAUAAUAAGACCAACAGACAACGUAGAAGUUCCCCAGUUGAUUCGGGAGCUGGGAAACAUUAAUGUUAAGAAGAAGGAGCCUCCGUUCUGCUACCCCUAUAGCCUGAAAGCUCGAGUCUUAUUACUUACACACCUUGCCAGGAUGGAGGUCUCUGAGAACAUAGAGGAAGAUCAAAGGUUUGUGGUGAAAAAGUGUCCUGCCUUACUACAGGAAAUGAUCAAUGUUGGCUGUCAACUCACCAUGAUGGCAACCAGUAGAGGAGGUAUUCGAGCUCCUAGGCUGACUUCUAUAGAGAACUGCAUGAAGCUCUCUCAGAUGGUGGUUCAGGGACUGCAGGAGGCCAAGUCUCCGCUACUGCAACUGGCCCAUUUUGAAGAGGAGCACCUCAGAUACUGCAUUUCUAAGAAGUAUAAGGUGCGGACGCUGCAGGAUCUGGUCAGUCUGAAGGACUCUGACAGGAGAAACAUGCUGAGAUUCCUCGGGGAGGAAAAGUAUGAUGAGGUCAUGGCAGUCCUCGGGAGCUUCCCUUACAUCAACAUGGAAACCAAACUUCAAGUGCUGGAUGAUGAAGAUAGCAAUAACAUCACAGCUGGAUCCAUCGUCACGGUUACGGUCACCUUGACAAGGAAGAGAAUGUCUGAGAUGUUUGAGAGAGAGGAACCACCACACCCUACAGAGGAUGCUAAUACAGAGGAGCAAGGUGAUGCAAAACACAAAACAAAAGUUUGGCAAAACAAGAAUAAAGGAGCUAAAAAAAUUGCCAAGUCCAAAAAGAAGAAACUGACUAAGAAGAAACCAGUCACCCAACAGCAAACAAAGGGAGACAAGGCUAAACAGGUCAAUGGCAAUGUGGCAGGAAAUGAAGUUGCUGCUGCUUCAAAAGAGGAGGAGGACGAGCUCUCUGAUAAAGGCAGUGAAUCAGAUGAAGUGGAGGGAAACAAGGACUCGCCCAGUGAGAGAGACGAGGAGAGUGACAAGCAGAGUGACACCGAGGUGGACGAGAUUGCCGGAGACGAUGAGGAGGAAUGGGAGGCACUACAGCAGAGUAUUCAGCGCCGUGAGAGGGCACUAUUGGAGACCAAGUCAAAGAUCACACACCCUGUGUACAGCCUGUAUUUCCCUGAGGAGAAGCAGGAGUGGUGGUGGCUUUACAUUGCAGAUAGGAAGGAGCAGACACUGGUGUCUAUGCCCAACCAUGUGUGCACACUCAGAGACACAGAAGAGGUUGAACUGAAAUUCCCCGCUCCAUCCAAAACCGGAAACUAUCAAUAUUCUGUGAUUCUCAGAUCAGAUUCCUACAUGGGAUUAGAUCAGGUCAAGCCUUUGAAGUUGGAGGUUCACGAAGCGAAGGCCAUGUUGGAUAACCAUCCACAAUGGGACAUCCCAGAAACUGAGGAAGAGGAGGAUGACCAGGAGGACAGUGAUGGUAUUGAGGAGUCUGAGGAAGAUGAUGAAGACAACGACUAAACAAACAAACCAAUCAAUUCAUACAAACUUGAGUGCAGCUCAAACGCAGUGUGGCCCACUCAUGUUCAAACAAACAGACCUACACGCCCACAUAGCCCCAGACCGCUGCAGUCUUCAUGGCCACCACCAUGACAUUGACGCCCCAUGUUCCUGUUUAAAACACUCAUGAAUCACAAAUCUGUCCAAACCUCUUAUUUUUCAAUUCAUAAGACUUGAGAAACUGUUAGUUAUCUUUCCCUGCAUUCGUCCAGUCAUUAUCGAUGGGCUGUCUGAAUGUUUGUUGGUAGGGUCCCGCUGUAUCAGAUUCCACUACACUACAGGUGUCUGACCAACCAAUACAUCAGAAAAAUAAAAACCAGUCUAUUGUUGAAAAAUAACACACCUUAUAAUUGUCAAUUUCCAAUGUUGUAGCAUAUACAUUAAGGGUAUUUUCUACCUUCAUCAUUUUGUAGUUUAUUCGAAUUCAGACUUAUCAGCUGUUCCCACUUUUACAUGUGAAGCUUUAUCUGGAGUGUGUGUGUGUGUGUGUGUGUGUGUGUGUGUGUGUGUGUGUGUGUGUGUGUGUGUGUGUGUGUGUGUGUGUGUGUGUGUGUGUGUGUGUGUGUGUGUGUGUGUGUGCUGAGCUUGAACAGGAAUUGGGGGGCACCACUGUGGGUUGCAUUUCAAUUUGACUCUAUGGUCUGGAAGUAAAGUGCUGUACAUUAUAAAUCUCAUCUGUUUUAACAUCCAACUUCUCAUCACCAGUGCAGGUUAUCUCAUUUUCACAAAGUAAUAAUAACUGCAGACAUUCCAUAGCCAGGUCUACAAUUUAGUCCUGAUAUAAGGCCUAAUGUUGCUUAAAUGGCUAGACUGCCAUUCCACACAAGGUUGAUAUAAGGCUGCUUUCUUGGUACUCAUGGAUAAUUUUGCAUUUGAUUCAAUUGUAGUGUUGUUAGUUUUUUUGGAACUCCUCCUAGGACAAUUUAAACAUUAUAUUCUAACCCCUCCCCCUUUCCAUGUAAUUAUUUGACUGACUUUUUGAACUGGAAACAGGAAAUCCCCCACGGUUGCUGACUGCAACUGUUACAAAGAGACAGUGUCUGUAGUAGACUAGUCUCCUAUCAGUUAGAUUAAUCCAUUAUCUGUUGGCCAUAGUGCAACGAUAAACCAUUUUUAAAAAAUGACUUCAAAACAAAUAGUUUCUCAGUUGGAUCCAUCGGCCUACAUGCCUCAAUCAUAGAGCAUAGUUUAGAAUGUCUUUUUUUUUUUUGGUAUUACAUUCCACUCAAACCCUUUAUUGUACAGAUAUUUUUUAAAUGCAUCAAAUAAGGUUCCAUCCUUUAUUGCAGAUGAUCUGUGAUACAGAAGCACCAAUAUGAGUGCAGGGAAAUUGAGGGUUUGUGUUUUUUUUUUCUGUAUGUUUUUCUUCAUCAUUUUCUUUUUGUGGGAGGGAGGGGUGGUAACAAGGCUUUAAAAUAAUCAAUUUGGCAUCUUUGUGGAUGUGUGUAUUUUCAUCCCACUUUUUUCCACCAGUGGAAGGUAUGACAGCUUAUUGAAGGCGCUAAUGUAGUGGUAGUGAAAAAAUUGAUUUGGUCUGUUCUUUUGUUAAGCACUGGGAGAGGUUAAGCCAACAAAGAUGAUAUUAUUUGAAAUGUAGAAAUGUGUAUGAAAUGUAAUCUCUCCAUUCAUUGUCGAUUUGCAUUUAUUUUUUUAUUUCUGUCAUAAAAUUAUCACAAGAAAUUGGAUUUUCUUGUUUGUACCCAAUAGCUAAUGUAUGUAUUUUAUAACUCUGUUUGCACAACUGCAAAUGUUUAGUAGGGAACCUUAAAAUUCUUUUACCCCCCCCAAAUUAAUGCAAUCUUUAUUAGCAGAGGAAAAGGGUAUUCUGGCUGCAUGUAAUUUGUUCACUACCAAUUUUAUAAAACGAUCAAGGUUCUACAGAUAAAUAGACAAUUUAAUAUUAUAGCUCCAACAAAGAAUGUAACCUCAGAAUUCAUGUUGUGUACUUAAAGUGGUGAUUCAAGUGCACAGAAGUCCUCUCUCUCUCUCUCUCUCUCUCUCUCUCUCACGCACACAGACAGACUCACCGGCCAGAGAAAAUGGUGAAUUGCCUAGGAAACGGUAUCUGCCACUUUUGUUUACAAGAAAACUGUCAUUGUAAAUUGAAAAUAUAUAUUAUUUGUAUUU